UGGGUAUAUAAUAUAGCGUUUUGCCUGCUCUAAGAAGAUAUGCCUAGAUCUUAUUGAAGACCUUAAUUAGUGGGGGGAUAAUUACAGAGAAGCUUCAUCGAAUGCUGAAUAAUCACAUUUCUACAGAUCUCAACAUUUUAUAAAUUUUAUUUGGAGACUUGCAGUGAUGGGACUGGGUACCCACAGCUAUGAUAUAUGGAUAAUUUUUUGGUAUAUUAUAUGAUAGCUCGGGUAGAUGACAAUACGUGAAUCCACUGACUCAUUAGUUGGUUUACUAAAAUAAUCUUAGAUACGCAGAGCCCCUCCCUUCCAGGUGAUUUCAUCCCUUCUUUCUUUGACUUUUUGUUCAUUACAAUUAAUAUAAUGCCUUUAUCCUCUCCUUAAGAAUGGAAUAUUUGUUUUAAAUAUCCAAGUGGUACUAUAAUUGCAUGCUUUUAUAUGUUUAAUAUUGCUUAUAGACCAUGGAAUUCCUCGUUAAUAAAGCACACUGAAUCCUCUUCGAUGGCGAACCUUUGAUAUGUAUCUAUUACAAUAUGGAAAAUAAUUUUUUUUUUUUAAACCAAUAUUGCAUGAGACGGCUCUCUGAUCUGACUUUUCUUUUCUUUUUUUCUUUAAAAAAAAAAAGGUUUUUAUUAUUGACCCUUGGGUAUGUUCAUGAUUAUAAAAAUAAUCCUGUUUUGAGAUGCAAUGCAUCGUUGGAAACCAUAGAGUUUACUAUAAAAGGAAGAGAAGCAAAACAACUAGACGGUGUAUAAGCACUGCGAAAUAUCCUUCUUUUCUCACUUCCAGAUAGAUGGAUAAGGAAGCAUCUACAAUUCUUUCUUCCACAUUGGAUGGAGAAAAUUGUCUUUCUGCUGAAUCCUGUGUUGAGAAGAAGCUCAAAUUAUUUGGGUUUGAGCUGAAUCCAUACAGGAAUGAUGAGAGCUGCCUGAAAGGGUCUGCAGAAGGAGAUGAAAGUGUGAAUUCAUCAAACAAUGUUUCAUCUGAAAGGAGGAAACCUGUCAAGGAGAACAGUUUCACAGGCGAGCCUGACGAUAAGAAGUUUGAGUGCCAGUAUUGUUUCAAGGAGUUCGCAAAUUCACAGGCUUUAGGAGGUCACCAAAAUGCCCAUAAGAAGGAAAGAAUGAAGAAGAAGAGAUUGCAGCUUCAAGCCAGGAAGGCUAGCAUCAGCUGUUAUCUUCAACCUUUCCAGAACAACCUCAGUUACAAUUGCCAUGGCUCAACUCAAUGGUUCUAUGAUCCCUCCUGCUGUACUCCUGAAUUCACCUUCUAUGAGGAGUCUCAGAUUAGUUUCAAUCCCUACGAUCAUGAUUCCCAUCUUAAUGGGUCUCAAGUACCAAAGUGGUAUGCUGUACCUGCUCAGGUCCCUUUCCAACAAGAAACUUGUAUGUUCACUUUAACUCAUCCUAGGAGAUCCAGAGAGAACAGGCCUGUCAUUAAGAAGCCUUCACCUUUGCCUGCUUCCAAGCAAUCCUGUAAAUCUUUGGAUCUUCAUUUAGGCCUUGGUUUGCAAUCAAAUAGAACUGGGAUAUAACAUGUUCCAGUUUAGAUUAAAAGCCCCACACGUUUCUUUCAACUCUCGACGGGUGGGAGACAAUACACAAGAAAUUCGUGAUCUUGAUUGGCUGGUAAUUGAUCUCAAUGAUUGCUGUCAAAGACAUCAAGAUGAUUUUCUUGGAUCAUACACACAUAAUGUCAUCUAUAAUUCAAUUUCCCUUAAUGAAAUUAAUCAUACAAACAUGAUGUACUUUCACUUUGUGGAUAAGGAGAGCUCGCAGAUUGGAUGGUGAGACAUAUUCAGCUGAAAUCAUUCUUGAGCUGAUAAACGCUUGCUAGAAUUUGAGCGCUUGAGCUUGGUCAGGACUUAGGAGUCAAGAUUUUAAUGUAUUAUACUCAUAGUUAUUCAUUUCAGUUUAUUUACAAUUAUAUAUUGACGUAAAUUCUGCGACUUGCUAGCAAAAUGAGAACUAAAUCCCAAGAUUGUAAUCUCCGUGUGUCUCUCUUGUUGGUUAGAGAAGGAAAGACUUGAAAUUACAACUUGUAUGCUGGAGAGAGGUGUGACUGAAAAUUAGUCUAUGCCUCAGCAGUGCAAUUGGAAUCUUCAUUGCCGAGCAUGGAUCAACAAUGUACAUCUACGCAAACGCACAGAUUAUUCCACAUAAUUCAUGUUUGGUUGCGCAGGCAUCUGCUGCAGGAGAGCUCCAGCCAACCUCCAGGCCCUAACGUUUUUCUUUCUGCCUGUGCCUGCUCCUGCACAUCUCGAGACUUGAAAGAUCUGCAAGGUUGUAAUUAAGCUCAGACUUUUCUGUUUUUUUGGUGAAAUUUUAGUCAUUCUAUA